CAACAGCAACAGAGCAGCAGCAACAGCAACAUCAUCAUCAAUAACAACAACAACUACUACAUCAUUAUUAUUAAAAGGGUGACCCAAAUCUGCGAGUGCAACAAUUCUCGAGUGCAAAAAUAAAAGUAUAAAAUUUGAGAGCUAGAGAAAGAGAGAGAGAGAGAGAGAGAUAAAUACAAAGUGCUUACGCUACAAAUGCUGUUAAGGAUUUACGCGCUUAACUCAACCAACUAACUAACUAAUAUAAACUUGUUUAAUGUGCAAUUAAAACUAAAGUACACACAUACACACACAGCUCACAUACACGCUCUCCCACACACACACACACACACGUAGAGACAGCCGUAAUUUGUUGUCUUUAGCAUUUUGAUUUUUUUUCGCGGGCGCACGUGUCAAAAAGUAAAGCCGCCAAAAUUCUUGAUAAAGUGGCCUCAAUAGGCGCCAACACGCUCAAUUUUACGGAUUUAGGGAGCCCCUACGAGGGGCCUCCCAGCACCCCACAGUCGGGCAUGGAUGCACCAGAUGCACCGCAUACGCCCAAAUAUAUGGACGGCGGUAGCACGGCAGCCGUUAGCGCCAGCAUAACACCUGGCGUUAAUAUACCUGGCAAAUCAGCAUUUGUGGAGCUGCAGCAGCAUGCCGCCGCCGGUUACGGCGGCAUGCGCAGAACGUAUCAGCAUUUUGGUCCACAGGGCGGCCAGGAUUCCGGCUUCCCGAGUCCACGCAGCGCUUUAGGCUAUCCAUUCCCGCCCAUGCAUCAGAAUUCCUACUCUGGCUAUCAUUUAGGCAGCUAUGCACCGCCCUGCGCCAGUCCUCCCAAGGAUGACUUUUCAAUCUCAGACAAAUGCGAGGACUCCGGCCUACGCGUCAAUGGCAAGGGCAAGAAAAUGCGCAAGCCACGCACCAUUUACAGUUCACUGCAGCUCCAGCAACUGAAUCGACGUUUCCAACGCACCCAAUAUCUGGCUCUGCCCGAACGUGCCGAGCUGGCCGCGAGUUUGGGCCUCACGCAAACGCAGGUGAAAAUCUGGUUCCAGAAUCGUCGCUCGAAGUACAAAAAAAUGAUGAAGGCCGCUCAGGGUCCGGGCACCAACAGUGGCAUGCCACUCGGCGGCGGUGGACCCAAUCCUGGUCAGCAUAGUCCUAAUCAAAUGCACAGCGGCGGUAAUAACGGCGGUGGCUCGAAUAGCGGCUCACCCUCACAUUAUCUACCUCCCGGACAUAGUCCAACGCCAUCAAGUACGCCUGUGUCUGAGCUAUCACCCGAAUUCCCACCCACGGGUCUUAGUCCGCCAACGCAAGCGCCAUGGGAUCAGAAACCGCAUUGGAUCGAUCAUAAGCCACCGCCGCAAAUGACGCCACAGCCACCUCAUCCAACGGCGCCGCAUCCGCAAUCGCACCACCAUAAUCCGCCACCACAAAUGGGCGGCUAUGUGCCCCAGUAUUGGUAUCAGCCCGAGACGAAUCCUUCACUACUAACCAGCGUGUGGCCGGCGGUUUAACAUCACCCAAAUCAACUGCAUCCGCCGACGCCUUCGGCUGCGUGGCCGCAGUCUUCGCAAACGCAAUGCUAUGAGACGAGGCCCUGCGCUGAACUGAAUCUCCAUCACAAUCAUCAUCAUCAUCAUCAUCAGCAUCAACUACAACAUCAGCAUCAACAUCAUCAUCAUCAUCAGCAUCAACAUCAUCAUCAUGAUGAGGUAUUCGUGGGCGUUGGUGACGGCGUCGCAGCGGUGCAGUGAGGUUGACCCAAAAAUUU